UGGUUGACUGACUCUCUUUGCUCUGUGUAACCUACUGAUAUAGUGUUUGUAUACUGAAACUGCAGUUUAAGCUUUCGAUCGACUUAAGUUUGAUAUUGUACCAGAGCCAAGAUUUUUCUACAUAUAUAGCAUGGAGAAUAUAGCGAUGCACUUUGGAAAUCAGGUUUCAGGGGACAGCUUUUCUGUGCUUUGGAAACAGGAAGACGUCUAUGGGAGAUUUGAUUUCAGAAAUGGAAAAUUGUACUUCCAUUUUUCCCAUCUUUCCAAGGAGUACAAGUUUGAAAUCUCUUAUGAGAACAUUUCGAAGAUUGAGCUAUAUCGUCCACGUGGUCAAGCAAAAAUGUUUAUUCUCAUGCAGUUACUAGGUGCUCCAAGGAUAUUUGUGAAAGAUGAAUUUGAUGUUGGUCAUCAUGAGUGGGUCAGAGAUGUUGAUUUCACUACAUGCAGCUGCAUUGGCCAAUCUUAUGCUCUAUGUUUGGAGCUUCCAAAAGAGAUGCGGCUUUCGAAAUUACGUCUUGAUGAUUUUGUCCAUUAUGAAGAAAUUGAAGGCCAAUUUGAAUUGAUGGAAGGCUCUCCUUACUCAUGCAGUUCAGGUCUUGUGCCCAUUGUGAAUCCACCAACAAGCUUUAACCUGCCAGACAAAAUCUUGUUCAAGAUAAACUCUUUGAUUCAGCAUGGGCGUGUUCCUGGGCCAGCAAUUGUUGAAGAUCUUUAUAGGUUGGUCGAUCCAACCAGAAUCAAAAUCCAGUACAUAGAAAGUGCCUUGGACAAGCUUUUUCAUUUAAAGGACUGCUGCUAUGAACCUGUGAAAUGGCUAAAGGAGCAGUACAAAGGUUACGCAUCAUCUACUCGAUUUCAAACAACUCAUGCUAUUUCUUUAGAUGAUGGGCUGGUAUAUAUACACAGGGUACAAGUCACUCCAUCUAAAGUAUACUUCCGUGGUCCAGAGGUGAAUCUAUCCAACAGAGUCUUGCGCCAUUAUCGUAAAGAUAUUGAUAAUUUUCUUCGUGUUUCUUUUGUCGAUGAGGACUUGGAUAAAAUGCGCUCAACAACUUUAUCUCCACGUUCAUCAUCUAAAAAUGAGAAGAAGCGAACUAGAGUUUAUGACAGGAUACUAUCCACUCUCAGAAAUGGAAUAGUUAUUGGGGAUAAGAAGUUUGAGUUUCUUGCCUUCUCAUCCAGUCAGGUACGAGAAAAUUCUGUUUGGAUGUUUGCUUCAAGACCUGGCUUGACUGCAGCAGAUAUUAGAGAAUGGAUGGGUGAUUUUCGAGAUAUAAGGAAUGUGGCAAAAUAUGCUGCCAGGCUGGGUCAGUCUUUUGGCUCUUCUAGAGAAACUGCCAGCGUUGGCAUAGAUGAAAUUGAAUUUAUUCCGGAUGUGGAAGUUAAGAAGGGACAAGUCACGUAUUGUUUCUCAGAUGGCAUUGGGAAGAUAUCUCCAGAAUUGGCUCGCGAAGUGGCAUCAAAGUUACGCUGCAGCUCUGUUCCAUCAGCAUUUCAGAUUCGAUAUGCCGGGUACAAAGGUGUUGUGGCUGUUGAUCCGACAUCAUCGGUAAAGUUGUCACUAAGAAAGAAGAGCAUGUGUAAAUACAAAUCACAUGACACAAAACUCGAUGUUUUGGCAUGGAGUAAGUUUCAGCCCUGUUUUCUCAAUCGUCAGAUAGUAACUCUUUUGUCUAACCUAGGGGUUAAGGAUCGAGCUUUUCAAGAAAAGCAAAGGGAAGCUAUAGAUCAAUUGAAUGCCAUACUAACUGAUCCAUUGAAAGCACAAGAGGCACUGGAAAUGAUGUUCGCAGGAGAGAUCUCAAAUGUUCUCAAGGAAAUGCUUAUAUGUGGUUACAAACCUGAUGCCGAGCCAUUUCUUUCAAUGAUGCUUCAAACAUUCCGUGCAUCUAAGUUGAUGGACAUGCGGUUGAAAACAAGGAUUUUUAUUCCAAAUGGAAGAGCUUUGAUGGGAUGCAUGGACGAAACCAGGACAUUGGAAUAUGGUCAAGUAUUUCUAGGAGUUUCUUGCUUUAGUAGGGAGUUGUGUAACCAGUCAUCCCUUACGUUUAGUGUCAGCAGUUCAAACCCCAAUAACUUCAUUUGUAAAGGUCGGGUGGUUGUUGCGAAGAACCCUUGUCUACACCCAGGAGAUGUGAGAGUCCUCAAAGCUGUGGACGUGCCAGCUCUACAUCACAUGGUGGAUUGCGUUGUUUUUCCACAAAAGGGAAAGAGACCCCAUCCCAAUGAAUGUUCGGGAAGUGAUUUGGACGGUGAUAUGUACUUCGUCUCUUGGGACCUUGAACUUCUUCCUCCUCUUCAAGUUCAACCGAUGGAAUAUAAUGCAGCACCAACUUUGGAAGUCGAUCAUGAUGUUACAAUAGAGGAAGUAGAAGAGUAUUUCACAGACUACAUAGUAAACGACAAUUUAGGAAUCAUCGAUAAUGCCCACGUCGUCUUUGCAGAUUGCGAGCGCCGUAAAGCAAUGAGCCCUAAAUGUAUGGAUCUUGCGAUGCUACACUCAAUUGCAGUUGACUUCCCAAAAACUGGUAUUGUAGCUGAAAUACCUCCUAAUCUACGCCCCAAAGCGUAUCCAGAUUUCAUGGAAAAGCCUGAUAGAAAGAUGUACGAAUCAAAAUCUGUUAUCGGAAAGCUUUUUCGAGAAGUGAAAGAUAUUGCAUCGCCCACGAGUCCAGUGGAGUCCUUCACUUCGGAAUUAGCAAAACAGUAUUAUGACCCAGAAAUGGAAGUAGACGGCUUUGAGAACUACCUCAAGGAUGCUUUCAAACACAAAAGUGACUAUGAUUCCAAGUUGGGGAAUAUGAUGGAGUACUAUGGAAUCCUAACUGAAGCCGAAAUUCUCAGUGGCAAUAUUUUGAAAAUGUCAAAACAUUUUGAUAGAAACAGGGAUCUAGAUGCAAUUAAAUAUGCUGUAAAGUCGUUAAGAAAGGAAGCCAGGAGCUGGUUCAACGAAGGAAUUGAUGCAGACGACAGUACUGAUAGCGCAAAAGCAAAAGCAUCGGCAUGGUAUCAUGUCACAUAUCAUCCUAAUUACUUUGGUCGCUACAACGAGGGAUCAAAUAGAACUCAUUUCCUUAGUUUUGCAUGGUGCAUCUAUGACCAACUUGUGCAAAUCAAGAAGGAUAAAGCAGUGUAUAAUUUCCUCACAACUGCCAUUGCCGAAGUAUCCAUUUAGGUGGAUGAAAGCAGUUUGAUAUGACUACUUAUAUUUUACCUUUUGUGUAGCACUGUUAUUGAUAUUAAUUUGCUUGUAAAUGCUCCAAGCAGGUGCUUGGGGCUGAAAAAUAUGUAUUAGUUUCUAUUGUAUUUGAAUCCAUUUUUGGUCUUGUAUCUUGACAUUGAUUCUACAAUGUAUGUAUAACAACUAGUGGCGGACAUGCACAAUAUGCAUAAU